CGCAUCUUCUUUUCGCGCAUAACAGUAUGUUUGUCGCCUUUACUUUCUACUUUCCUCUGUAACCCUGUCAGUCUCAACCGGCUGCUCUACCUAUCGCAAUAAUUUUUCGCGUCACCGACUCUUACCGCUUGCGAUUGCACGGCAUCAUCCUCCUGAGUAAAGGAUAGCACGAAUUAGUGCCGCUCCAAAUGCCAUAUUACUAGACAGAUCAACGUCCCUCUAUCAUUAGGAGCUGAAGGUGUCCAGGUACCCCACGAUGCGUCUCCACCUUAUCAUUCAGCGUCACGGUCUACCCGUGACGCGCAUUCUUUGGACGACAUCACCGCCGUCAAUGUACGGUCAAGCGACGCCUAGCUCCUCCGUAGUCCCUGCUGCCUCUUCCGUUAUUGCAUCGACGCGGACGCCGAAUGCGCUAUACUCAAACGGCGGAUAUACCGUCGCGCAGCUACUGGAGGAUGUCAAUGAGGUGGUCCCGUUGGAAACGGAGCCGGCGAUUUUUGACAGCGAAUCGAGCGGUCAGUGGGGCUUGGAGGAUUAUGCUGUUGAAGUGGGUGGCUCCGAGUGUCUACAUUUCAUGGAGGUCGAUGGGCUCCUCAGAGAUGGGGAUGAAGUAGUCAUCCGCGCCCUUCAAAUCGCAGAUCUCAGAGCAAGACGGCUCUCCGGCCGCCACCAGAUUUCAAGCGACGGCAAACAUCUUAUUGAUGGGGUUCCCUUUGGCCGGCCUUUCCUCAAACGGCAGACGUCCUCCAGGCCGGCGAUUGCGAUUCCACCAAGGAAGAAACGGCGCACCAUGCUUGCGACUUGGGACCGUGAUGCGGGCGAUGGUGAUGAUGAGGUGCAAUGGACUAUUCCUGGGCGAGUAAGCUCAAUGAAGGAGCUUUCGAGACUCAAGGCUCAUGACGAUGAUGGCAUUCACGAUGAAUAUACGGAUUAUCAUCAUGACAACGAUUAUGAAGACUACCAUGAGAGUCAAGAGGAAUCCGGGGACGGGACAGUCAUCCGUCAUCCCCUCAGUGAGGGCGAGGAUGACGAAGCUUCGGAAAGCGACGCGGACGGUUCAGACUUCGAGGCCGAAGACUUGGCGGAAGAGCUGGAGGCUCUUGAGAAAGACCGGGAGACCGUAGGCUUGUCUUCAGUGGAAGUACCACAAGAAAAGCCCACCGGGCCUGGAGGCUAUCCCCUGCGGACCAGGGCCAGUAUCCUACGCAACGCUUCCGGGCGCCACGCCAACCAUCAAGCUGCGAUAAAGAGCCCAUCUGAAGCAGGUUCAUCGCGACGAGACUCCAAAGCUGUGCGGUUCAAGGCAGCCCAGCGGCAGGCGUCACCUUGUCCCUCUGAGAGUGAGGGCGAUUCUCACUUGAGCCCGGCCGAACAGACUUCUGAGGACUCGCCUUCCAUAUACAAGAGCUUCAGCAGCAGUUCCUCGAGUGAUACCGAUGAUUCGGCAUCGGACGAUGAAGACUCGACUUCUCCUUCCGAGACAACAACCUCUGCUUCGGAGGUCUCUUCGUCUGAGUCCGAGGCAGAAGAUGCAGAAUCUGAAGACGAGGAUUCGUCCUCUGAGUCAGACGAAUCCACCACAUCCGAAUCGGAGGACGAGUCCCUUUCCACUCCCGCUUCGAGCAGACAACUACAGCCCAAGAUGAACCCUCCAGGACACGGUUCCCUCAGGACCAAGAAGAGCAAUCAACGCAACAAAUUGCGGCGGAGGCUCUCAAAGCUCAAGGAGCUUGGCGCACUGCCUGCCGAAGCCGAUUUCGCAGCCCUCCGAGAAUGGGAGGCGAAGAAUGGGGUCUGGUACGAGCCACCUGAGCACAAGCCGAAUGAAAAGCGCCGAACGAACGAAGAAGAACAGGAGGAGUUUGAAGCGAAAAGGCAAAAGUUGCUCCAUGCUCUGGCAACAGGCGGAGUAGACGUCGACGAAGUCACGGGGAAAGAGAAUGAGCCCCCGGAGGCAAAGACGACGAAAGGGUCAGUGGAGGGGGAUGCCGAGUACAAUGGGGCCGUUGUGGAACCUCCUAACAAACGACGUACUCUGGAUGUCGCAAGCUCCAGACGGUUGCUUUUCGGGUCUUUAGGAGUGCGAGCUCCACGGUCCAAGGAAGAUGAAGAGGCCACUCGAAAGAAACUCGCAGGAAAAGUCAACAACUUCCGUGCCAAGGUUCCAGAAGAGCAAGCUCCCGCUGAGGAAAGCGAUAGCGAAGCGGAAGCAAACUGGCAGGACAAGCUGUUUCUCAAAGCUACUGAAUGUGUUUUCGAUGACAUUGAGCUUUCUACCCCUCCUUUCCCGUUUGAACAGCGCUGGGAUGCCGAGGCUCAUCAAAUCAUAAAGAAGCGCAAGGGCUGGGGGCGCAAGAGGAAGAGAAGACAGCAACUGCAGGUCUACGAGGCAGACGAGUACGAAGAUUACGCGGAGGACAAUAAUGGACACUAUACCGAAGAGGACAUGCAGCUCAAUUACAAUGAUCCAGAGCAGCCGCUGAGCACCGAGCUCACGAACGGCUUCGAGUCAGCGGGUGAAGAGCCAUCAGAAAACACACAGGACGACCUUCCUCCUCUGCCAGCGGAUCUGAGCUCUGUCCGGGAUCUGACGGAAGGCGAUUUGAAGCAAAGAUCAGUGAUCGCUUUCAAACAGCUGGUUGUGUCCAAGGAGACGAACUGGCAACCUACUGUGUCCGAUUAUCUUGUGGCGAGGAUCGACGAUGUCUUCGAAGACAAUGUACUCAGGCUGCAGCUUGCCAAGCGCGAUCGGCGACAAGUCGAGCAACCCGACGAGGAUGACGAAGAAGACGGCACUCGAGGAUACGACAAAUUCGAAAUGCCCGGCAUGGACGAUGAUCAAGCGGAAGAUGACGGUUUCCGAGAGAUAUCAUUUGCCGAUCUUUUUGAUGCGAAGCUCGUUCAAACUGCCGAUGUGGCAGACGUUGGGGGUGCCGACAAAGUCAGCAACUCGUCCGUAGCUGAGGGCUCCUGUCUUCAGAAUUCCAAGACCACCGGCGAGGAUGAAACGAUGCGUGAGGCCGAGGCAGUCAAUGAUAGCAAUGAGAACUCUCCCGAGCCGUCUGUCAGUUCUCAUGCUCGUGAGGGUCUUGAAAUGCCUGCAGAGGAAACCGUCGAGGCAGUUGAUCAUACCGCAGAAGGGACCGGAGGUAGCAGUCCGGAGGAAGACGCCAGUCCUGUUAUACAAUCACCACAAUUCGUUGGGUUUCACUCUCCUCAAGCGGAGACGCAACCAUCGCUCCCAGAGCCGAGCCCUGAGCCGGAGACUCGCGAAAUGGGGGUUGAUGAUCAAUCCAAUUCCCUUCCGCAACCCACAGAGGCCCCCUCAACUCCGCGGUCUACUGUUCCUCCCAACGCCUUCAAUGACGCCCCUUCAGCGAUGGGCUCGGACGAGGACCUGCAAUUUCUCAGCAGCCCAGACAAUUUUGUUAAUUUCAACCGUUUGCUUGAACAGCUCUUCCAGGGCAAGCGGCCGACCUCCGGCUCUCCGGGUCCGAAGAAAGAGCCAAGCGAGAGUCCGAAGAUGCCACGGUCGCGGGCAUCGUCGUCUUCUAGUUCUUUCGUGCCUAACCCAUUCUACGAAGUCGACAAGGCCCAUGAAGAGCGCCUGCGACGACGCUCGGAGAAAGCCAAGGGCGAUGCUGUGACAGAAAAAGACGAAUCAGGGGCGGACUCUGCGCCGCCAAAGUCGCAGCUGUCUACUCCCAUAUCCCGCAAAACCCCUACAAGCGCACAGCCGCAGAGGUCUCCUACGCCUCAGUACCAAUCCCUCAUGACUUCAACCCAAGAAAGCAACUGGCUGACCCGGCACGACGAGGAGUCUGGCACUCAGCCUCCCACGGCCUCGCAGCUCUCGAAUAUAGUCGAUCUGACUCAGUCCAGUCCGCCCGUUUCGCCUGGCGGAAGCGACGAGGACUUUGCCAAAUCACAUCGACUGCCGCGAGGCUCUGGGUGGGUGCAGAAGAAAGUUCCGAGUACGCGGAGGCGCACCAGGCUUUCUUCAUCCGGAGUCAGACGCGGACGCUGA